CAUAGGCAGCGAUGUUGAUGAUUCAAAAGCUGAGUAGAGCACUUAGAAAAAACAGUAAUCAAAGACAUUCUGCAGUUCCACAACUCACUCACCACUUUCAAUCAAAUACUGCCCUUCUCUUCUCUUGUUCUUCAAUCGUUGUUGAUGGGGGAAUAAAUAAAAUAAAGAAAGGAUUUUGCUUUCUCUUUUGGUCUCAUUAGUCAAAUCUGAGCCCCACCCGUGUAGCUUUGUUUUUUUUAAAUCCCCCAAUUCCUCUGGAUCUUAAAGACCUCAAAUUUAUAUUAUUCUUUCCACUAUAUAGCCGAUUUCGAGUUUUGUGAGUUCUCACCAGAUUUUCCGGAUUAUCAUUCUUGACUUUGGUGCUUAAAGGCAAGAUAAAAACAAACACAACCCUUCUUUUCUUUUGCUUUUAUUUUCCCCAAACUUUUUUCUUUCUCUUGGGAUUCUACUCAGUACUCACAAUUCAAUUUGGUUUUUGAAUUAUAAUAAUGGCUACCCCAGUUGAGAAAUUGGGUGUCUUAGAGGAAGAGAAGAAAGAAUGUGUUGUUGUGGGAAAUGAGAAGGAAAGAAAUGAAGUUGUUGGUGUUCUUGAGGUGUUUGUUCAUCAAGCUAGAGAUAUUCACAAUAUAUGUAUUUACCAUAAGCAAGAUGUGUAUGCAAGGCUUUCAUUUACAACAGAUCCUACAAACUCUGUUUCCACUAAAACCAUCAAUGGUGGUGGGAGGAAUCCGGUAUUCAAUGACACGGUUCGUCUCGACGUUCGGUCGAUCGAUACGACACUUAAAUGUGAGAUAUGGAUGUUGAGCAGGGUCAAGAAUUAUCUUGAAGAUCAGUUGCUUGGUUUUGCUUUGAUCCCUUUAACUGAAGUUGUUGCUGUUGACAACAAGUUAGAGAAAGAAUUCAGUCUUUCUUCGACUGAUUUGUUUCAUUCUCCUGCCGGGUUCGUACAGCUAUCGCUUUCGUAUAAUGGAGCUUCUCCGGAGGUCAUGGUAAUCCCCACUAUCGAAACAACUGUAGGGGUGGAGAAUUCGGACUUAAUCAAGUCGUCACAUCCAAGUGAUUUGGAUAUGAUCGAAUUCCCCGAUCCGAAGAUUGCAAAUGAAGAUCAGAUAAUGGUGUCUGAGUAUUUCGGUAUCCCAUGUUCGAAUCUGGAUUCUGAAUCUUCCGAGAGCUUGCCCGUUUCUGAGAGUGAGAACCAUCAUGUCAUUUCUGCUGUGGAAAGCUCGUCGAGUGAAGAUACAAAGAUCGAUUCUCCACUUAGUAAAGUGCAAAACGAUGCCGUUUCUUCAUCGCCAUCACCAUCGGCAUUGGAAGCUCCCGUGAAUUCGAAAUGCACAACUCAAGAAGAAGUUUCAGCACCAAAUGGCACAAGUGAGAAAGAAGAAAAAAAUGGUGAGGAUAAUGAUUGUUGUAGCGAUACAAUUAGAAAGCCAUUAGUUUCUGUGAGCAUUGAGGCAGAGAACAAGGUAGUACAACAAGACAUUGUGGAUAAGUACAUGAAAAGUAUGCAACAAUUCACGGAGUCAUUGGCAAAGAUGAAGCUUCCAUUGGAUAUUGACACUAAUGGUGGCUCUCCAAGUCCAGCUACUUCCAGCUCUGACCCGAAUUUACAAUCACCCAAGAACAGCGGUUCGCGUGUGUUUUACGGGAGCAGGGCGUUCUUCUGAUCACCCGACGAGAGCUGGUCGACACUAGAUGUUAGGAUGAGAAGAGUAAUAUGAGUUGAAAAGGAUUAUGGUUUUGUAGUAUGGUUUCUUUUGUUUUUCAUUUCCAUUCUAUGCAUUUUGAAAUGUUUUUCUUUUUC